CCGGGAGGCGGGGAGGCCGGGGCGGCGGGCGCGGCGGGCGCGCAGCUCGGCGGGAGGCGGGCGCCCGGAGUCGCGGCCGGGGGCGCCGUCCCAGGACAGGGCUGCCCGGCCCCGGCCCCGGGCCGCCCGCGCUCCCCAUGAAAAACCAGCUCCGCGGCCCCCCAGUGCGGGCGCACAUGUCGGCCUCGGGGGCGGCGGCGGCGGCGGCGGGGUCGGAGCCCGGUGCGGGGCCCGGGGGCGGCGCGGGCCCCGGGGCGGGUGCGGCGACGGCGGCGGGGGCCAUGCCCUGCAAGAGUGCCGAGUGGCUGCAGGAGGAGCUGGAGGCGCGCGGCGGCGCGUCCCUGCUGCUGCUCGACUGCCGGCCGCACGAGCUCUUCGAGUCGUCGCACAUCGAGACGGCCAUCAACCUGGCCAUCCCGGGCCUCAUGUUGCGCCGCCUGCGCAAGGGCAACCUGCCCAUCCGCUCCAUCAUCCCCAACCACGCCGACAAGGAGCGCUUCGCCACGCGCUGCAAGGCGGCCACCGUGCUGCUCUACGACGAGGCCACCGCCGAGUGGCAGCCGGAGCCCGGCGCGCCCGCCUCGGUGCUCGGCCUGCUCCUGCAGAAGCUCCGCGACGACGGCUGCCAGGCCUACUACCUCCAAGGUGGUUUUAACAAGUUCCAGACUGAGUACUCGGAGCACUGCGAGACCAACGUGGACAGCUCGUCCUCGCCGAGUGGCUCACCACCCACCUCUGUGCUGGGCCUGGGGGGCCUCCGAAUCAGCUCCGACUGCUCGGACGGGGAGUCAGAUCGCGAGCUGCCCAGCAGCGCCACUGAGUCCGACGGCAGCCCUGUGCCCUCCAGCCAGCCGGCGUUUCCCGUCCAGAUCCUGCCCUACCUCUACCUCGGCUGUGCCAAGGACUCUACCAACCUGGACGUGCUCGGCAAGUACGGCAUCAAGUACAUCCUCAACGUCACGCCCAACCUGCCCAACGCCUUCGAGCAUGGUGGCGAGUUCACCUACAAGCAGAUCCCCAUCUCCGACCACUGGAGCCAGAACCUCUCCCAGUUCUUCCCCGAGGCCAUCAGCUUCAUCGACGAGGCCCGCUCCAAGAAGUGCGGCGUGCUGGUGCACUGCCUGGCCGGCAUCAGCCGCUCGGUGACCGUCACCGUGGCCUACCUGAUGCAGAAGAUGAACCUGUCACUCAAUGACGCCUAUGACUUUGUCAAGAGGAAAAAGUCCAACAUCUCACCCAACUUCAACUUCAUGGGGCAGCUGCUGGACUUCGAGCGGACGCUGGGGCUGAGCAGCCCGUGUGAUAACCACACACCCAGCGAGCAGCUCUACUUCUCCACGCCCACCAACCACAACCUGUAUCCCCUCAACACGCUUGAGUCCACGUGAGGCCCGGGACCCAAGGCACUGGGUGCCAGCCCCUCCCCAGCCUUCUCGGGGGGACAGGUCCACACCCGCUGCAUCCAGUCUCAGGGGCUCGUGGAUGCUGCCUGGGCCCAGGGGUGCAGUCCACGGUGACAGGGCUUCCUCCGCCAUCUGGGAGGCCGGCCUGCGGCAAAGCCUCCAUCGGCAGGACUUCCCGGGGAGCCCCUAGCUCUCGGACAUGUGGUGUGGGGGGUCCUCGUCUCAGAACACUCCUUUCUGCUGUCGACCCAACCAGUUUGGCUCUUUCUAAAGACACACCCACAGACCUGAGUUUACUUUUUACUGUUGGCAGGUAAACCCAUGCUCCCUGGAGCACAGACAGUGUCCAAACUCUUCUUGAUUUUCUUUUUUAACAAAAAGUGUUAUUUUUAGGCAACAUGCAACAGCAGAUUGUACAAAAACCAGUAUUUCAUCCCUUUUUUGAUCCUGCGAGAAAGCGAGAGAGAGCGUGUGCGAGAAAGAAGUGUUCUCAGUUUUUUUCUAUUUCAAAAAGCAAUUAUUGUUGUUGUUGAUUUUUUUUUUUUUAAUGGAAAAGACAAACCCCAUGUUGAUCUUGACCAAAUGCAUUUUGCACAUGUGUGGAGCCUCCGUUUCUGCAGUGGGCCCCGGACGGGGUGGCCUGCUGCUCUGUAGGCUUCGGACCCCCCUGGCGCCCGCCGCGCCCUGCCUGGCACUGCCGUGGCUGCUGCGUGUUGUGACUGGCAGGUCUGCAGUCUUGCUGGGGCAGGAGCAGGUUGGCCCUGCCACGGUCCGGGCUGGUGGCGGCGGAGCCCCAGGACACUGCCAAGCAGUAGCAUUAGCCCUUCGGGAUCAGCGGCUCGGAGGUUGGGCCCUGGGCCCUUUUUAGUACUAUCCACUACUUCUGUCCUGUUUGCUCUUUGUCUGUCACAGAUCGUGGGGGGAACGCUGGAGGGGCGGGGGCGGGGGUCCUGGCCCUGUCUCCCGCGAGUCCCUCUGUCCCUCUGGCUGUGGCUCCCGUCUCCCCCAUCUGUGGACGCCGGCCCUGCUCUCGUUGGCCCAGGCCUUCUGCUCCCAGGAAGCUCGCCCCCAUUUUCAACCCCAGGGCCAGGGUGCGCGGGGUGCCAAGUAGAGGAGCGUGAGGCCCCUGCCACGCCUCGCCCCUGGGAGCCCCAGAACCAAGCCACGGAUCCGUUACUCCCCUCCACUUCCGUUCCUCCUCCCACCUUGGUUCUCCCAGGUGCCAGGACGUCAGGGGGGCCCGGGAGGGGCGAGCAGUCGGGUCCCCAGGGGUGCAGCACUCGCCAUACGAGCAAGGCCACGGAAACUCUGCCCCCACCUGCAUCUUACCUCACGGGGGUGGCUUUCAGGGAUUCUCUAAGGCGUUGGAUUAAAAUCUUGCCACAGUCGAGAAAUUGACAAAAAGCUUCCAUGCUGUACAUGGUUCUCUUUCCUUUUUUUCCUUCUCUUUUUUUUUUUUUUUUUUUU